CACAAGGCCUAUACUGCAAUCCCAGGACCAACACCCCCAAGCAAGAAAGCAACCCCAUUCCACACAAAAUCCCACUGUUCUUUUGUCCCAUAUACCAUUCUCCAUUGCAUUACACUCCUCCAUUUAUACCCAAAAAUGGCAACCAAUGGCAUUGAACCUACCAUGCCCGAAUCCAACAAAGCAACCGUCGAGGCCCUUUACGCCAAAUUGGCUCUUGGCCACUCCGACUUGGUGGCCAAGCUUCUAGCCAGCGAUCUCGAAUGGUGGUUCCACGGGCCACCAGGUUGCCAGCACAUGAUGCGCGUCCUCACCGGGAAGUCGGACUACUCGGCUUUUCCAUUCCAUCCACGAAGUAUAACAGCUAUAGGCGAUGGUUAUGUGAUCGCUGAGGGGUGGGAAGGGGCGCAGGCGUAUUGGGUCCAUGUGUGGACGCUGAAGAACGGGGUGAUCACGCAACUCAGGGAGUACUUCAACACGUGGCUCACCGUGAGAGAGGUGUCGUUGCCGCGGUGGGAGGUGGUGCGGGCAAACCAAACACUUUGGCAGAGUCAGGUGGGGGACCGCUUCGACCGGUCGUUGCCGGGGCUUUUGCUUGCCAUAUGAAGAAGAGUUGCGCGUGCAGUCGGGUGGCUUGGAAUGAAAAUUCGGGGUUGGUGUGUGGGUGCACAUAUGUAUGAUAUGUUUGAUAAGAAAAAUCAGGAGCGCUCAUGUCAAGUUGGAGGAAAGCGGAAAGAAAAUUAGUCAAUGAAGUGUCACUUAUGUUCAUUAUAAAAUGAUGCGUCUGUCGAACUAUGAAUCUUUGUCUGAUGGAAGCUUCCCACAGGGCUCACAAGUAAA